UUCCUAGGGCUCGAUUGGUCUCCAUCUCCCUCUCUUUCUUUCUGAAACUCAAAUCAGAAACUCGAAGCUGCUCUCUCUCUGCGACCAUGCUUUCAGGGGACAUACCACCAAGCCAGACCAUAUACAUUAAGAAUCUCAACGAGAAAAUCAAAAAAGAAGAAUUGAAGAGGUCCCUCUAUUGCUUAUUCUCUCAGUAUGGAAGGAUUUUGGAUGUUGUUGCCUUGAAGACACCCAAGCUUCGAGGGCAAGCAUGGGUUGCAUUUCUUGAAGUGACAUCUGCCAGUAAUGCUGUGCGCCAGAUGCAGAACUUUCCGUUCUAUGAUAAACCCAUGAGGAUUCAAUAUGCAAAAACAAAGUCAGAUUGCAUUGCUAAAGUAGAAGGAAGUUUUGUUCCAAGAGAUAAGAAAAGGAAGCAAGAAGAAAGAGCUGCUGACAGAAAGCGGCGAACUGAAGAAGGGCCACAAUCUGCUCCAGCAAAUGGUGGAGCUACUGAAAAUGGAGGCAGAACUCAGACCUCAUACCGCAGUGGUAAUCCAAAUGCAAACGAAACAGCAGCUCCUAACAACAUUCUGUUCAUAGAGAAUUUGCCCCAUGAAACCACUAGUGCAAUGCUGGAACUGCUCUUCAAACAAUACCCAGGGUUUAGGGAAGUUAGAAUGAUUGAUGCAAAGCCAGGCAUUGCCUUUGUAGAAUUUGAAGACGACGUACAGUCAUCCAUGGCCAUGCAGGCCCUUCAAGGCUUCAAAGUCACCCCGCAAAAUCCCAUGGGCAUCAGUUUUGCCAAGAAGUGACCAAAGAACCAUUCCUAUGUUCCUAACUGAAAAUAACUCUUCCUAUUUCCUGUUGUGAAGUGUUGUUUAAAUUUGUGUUUCAUUGAGGAUAUGUAAUAGUUGAAGACUGAAGAGUAUUUAGUCAUACUUUACUCAUGUUGACUUCAUGAAAAUGCAGAAGCUAUUGAUCCUA